AUGGGCCUUCUAAGGUUGUUCUUUAAUGCAUUGGUUGCGCAUGUUUCUGGGGACAUGGCGAGCGGCCAUGGGGAUACUAGUGCUACCGACGGAGGUCUAGCAAUUCCCACAAACCUGAACAGAGAGAUUCUGUAUGAAAGCUUCAUAUCCAUAGACUCUCUUGUGUUUAUUUCCGAGAUGAACCAGUUUACCAGUGAGUAUAUGGAGGAGUUUGUGAAGAAGACUGUGCUUGUUGCGAAGGAACUUCUGGUUGAAAACUCUUCUGCCUUCAACCAAUUCAACAAUUAUCUGGACAAGGUUGAUGGUGUUGGGAAGGACCUGAAAGAUGCACUGGAGCUUCGGAACAAAUACUUCAAUAGUGACAGAUCAACGAUAGGAAAAGAGCUGUCUGCGGAGAAGUACAGAGAGCUUAGGUCCAGGACAAAUGGAAGGAUCCCGAAGCUGUACUAUGAGGACAAGGACGAAGAGUAUGUACAAAUGAUGAAGAGACUCAUGAAUGCCAAGCACGAGGACGACGGGAUACAUAAGGCAAUCAACAGGGAGAUGGCUGAGUUUUACGGCGAGAAGACUAAGAUCUCAAAGACGCUCGUGCUUGACUCUAGAAUCAGCCUCAGCAUUGGAGGAUCUAUAUUUGCGCCUGGGGUUCUUGUUGGUGUAGUCAAGAGUCUGGCUGUUCCAAAUGUAUCGGAGGUAAUCAACAGGGUAGUUCCAAGGCUUGUUUCUCCGUGUGAAGACCUUAUAUCCAAGAUGCACUUGAAGUCGUCCACGGAGAGGAGGUCUCUUGUGAUGGACUUCCUCUAUGGAUGCCUGGAGCGGAGGAACGGCCUGUUCAAGGAGAAGAUAGACAAAGCUUUCGAGGAGAGGACAAAGAUAUUGGAUAUUUAUUUGAAGGGAGAUUCAAAGGCACAGGAAAAGCUUCGAAUACUUGAUAAAUUUCAAGAAGACGAGAUCAACAAGUUAAUAUCUGUAUUUAAGAACAUUAGAGAUGAAGACCUAGUCCUGAGAAUAGACAGGCCUGUAGUCGAUGCGUAUAUAAACCUCCUUAAAAGCAACCAAAAACCUGCAAAGGAGCAUCUGUACGACCUUUUUAAGAAAUAA